GCCGAAUAAUACAACAGGAAGUAAGCUCUCCGCAGCAGCAGCAACAACAACAACAGUGAUUGGUUUGACCUGUAAUCAAGAUGGUGGACAGCACGCUGAAUGAUCCAGAUUAUUUGAAAAAAGCUAUAGAGUUCUUCGAGAAGUUCCAAUGGCUCUACACAUUACCAACUACCAAAGUUUUAUACCCGGGUGCUCUGGAUGAAUUUCCACCUGAUUGGUUGGAUUCGCUCAGAAAUAUUGAAAUUGAUAAGUUAAAUAAUUUAGUUGCCAAAAAACAGAUCGAAGUGGUAUUGCCCGAAACACUUAUUAACUUUAUUGUAAAAUGUAAAAAGUUUGAUAAAUUACCUAUUCAAGACAUAUCUGCUGAACCUCAACAGUUACCCAAAGUAUUUGCGAAGUUCAUGAGCGACAAGAAAAAACAUGAAAUUUACAAUCUAUCCAAAGUCAUUAACGAUCACUGUCGAUCUUCAAAUAUAUCAUUAAUUAUUGAUCUUGGUGCUGGUUUAGGCUACAUCGGUCAACUAUUGCAUUAUCUUUAUGGAUACAAAGUUUUGGCUUUGGAGUCAAGACAGAAAAACAUAGACAUAGCUCGGAAUCGACAGAAUCAGUAUUUUCCUGAGUCGAAAGGUUUAGUGAAAUAUGUGUGUUGUAAUGUCACAAAAGACUCUUUAGAUGAAAUUGAAAAUAUUUUAAAGACUGAGUUCAGUGAAUCAAGUGAUGAAAAAGUGUGUUUGAUAGGAUUACACGCGUGUGGUGACCUCAGCGUAAACAUGUCAAACUUAUACUUGAAUAUGAAGCAGGCUCACAUGUUUAUUCUAGUAUCUUGUUGCUAUCAUAAGCUCGAGCAGGAAACUGCUUAUGAAACUGGAAGUAGCGAAAACUGCUUCAAGGGCUUCCCUUUAUCAAAUAUUUUAAAAAAUGCCUUAAAAAAGAGUCAUGCAGACGUUGGAAAAUUAUUUGGCCGAACUUUUAUGAGAUUGGCUUGUCAAGAAACGCCAGAUCGCUGGGAAAAUAUGUCUGAGCAGGCUCACGACGAACACGCUUUUCACGUUCUUGCCCGAGCCGUCCUGGAACUGUAUACUUCUGAGAAUGGUUUUCGACUGAAAAAACAUGUUUGCAAAGCUACCAGGAAAACACAGUGCGGCGAUUUCGAAAGUUACUUGAAGGAUUCAAUGAAUCGGUACUCUCUGCAUGAAUCAGAGAGCGAUAAAGUGAUACCUUGGACUGAAGAAAUUGAGGAAAGUAUUAAAAGGCUGUGGAAUGAAAAAAGCAGCAGUCAAAAGGACGUUGAGUUGUACACAGGUUUACAGUAUUUACUGCAAAAUGCUGCAGAAUCUUUGGUACUCGUUGAUAGAUUAUUUUAUCUUAAGGAAAAUAGUGUUGAUAGUUAUCUUUUACCGACAAUGAAUAGGUCUUUAUCGCCAAGAUGUUACGCCAUUGUAUCGACCAAAAAAAAUUAAAUUUUAUUAUUUUUAAUGACAAAACCUGUGCUACUUACUUACACUUUACAUAAUUAAUUGUUCAAUUUUACG